AUGGAUAUUGUUGAAAGGUACAUUAAGAAGUAUGCCUCUGCCACAUACAAAACAUGUGCAGAUGAUCCUUUAACUCAUCAGUUUAAGGAUGUUUUUGUUCAGUGUGAUCAGCAAAAUAAUAAAUCCAAGCAUAAAUUUUUGUCUAAAAAAUCAGAAAAAGAGAAGCUUAGCAAUGUUUUAUCUAUGUUGCUUAGAAUGAAAGAGAUUGCUGAGAAAAAGGAGUUUGAAUGGUACACAGAGAGAGUGCAGCUUAGAGAGCAAUUGGAUAAACUUGAGCAGUCUAUAACUGUUGCAUCUGCCUCUGUCAUGGAAAAUGAAUGUCAAUGUGAUGUGCUGAGUGAGGAACUUGACAGGCUGACUGAAUUAAAUAGUGAACUGGAAGAAAGACUUGAAGAAUGUGAGGAGAGGUGUAUAUUGAGAGAGCAACGAGUAAGCUCUAUGGAAGAAAAGGAAAUGCAGAGAGAACAUGUUGUUGCAUCACUUAAGGCAGAACUGUUAGAGUCUAAAUCACAGCUUUUACAUAAGGAACAAUGUAUUUUGUCUCUGAAAGCACAGGGGAUACAAGAUAAAUGCAACCAUUACAGUAGUAGUCUAGCACAUGUGUGUCCUUUAGAAGUAAAUGGUACUGACAAUCAAACUAUAGAUUUAGAUGAACAGACCUCUAGCAACCCUGACAGUCCUUUGUUAACUUUAAACCAAAUUCCCCCUAUUCUAACUCCUCAAACAAUAGGUAGUAGACAACGAAUAGAAUUCAGACACAAGACCCCUCAAUCACUAACUAAUCUGAAUAGUGUUACUAACCCUGUGUCCCUCACAAUACAAGACCGUACUAAUCUGUGCCAAAUUUUGGGUAAAUUUGAUACAAAUGCAUCACCAAUAAGUUUAUCUAAUAAAUUGGAGGCUGUAAUCACACAGUACAAUUUGGGAAAUAAAGAUGCAUGUGCUUUACUUAGAGCUUGGUUGCCUUACCAGCUAGCCGCACAAUUAAAAGCACCAGUGGGCACACACAGAGGUAUAACAGCUGAUUCAAACACAAACUGGGGAAAUGUAGCUGAGAGAAUAAAAGAAUUGCAGCGCAUCAUGUGUGGCCGUGAUGCUAGAGGUGCUAAUGCAUUAGAAAAUUCUAGGUUAAAGAGAGGUGAUGACCCAGUUUUGUUCUGUAAUGAUUAUUUGUCACUAUAUAGAGCAACUUAUAGUUGCCCAAACAUGUCUCAUGAUGACACAGAUUUCUUAUAUUCAAUGGCCAAUAAAUGUACUGCUGUAGAUUAUUCCAUAAAAGUAGCUCUCAGAAAUGCUAAUUCAUACCAGACAUUUAUAAAUAUACUUAAAGAUUGGAUUCAAGAUACAAAAGAUGACAAAACACACAGGAAAAUUUCUGAGAUUGUGAAAAAUGAGGGUAGACCAAAAUUUAAUGGCAAAUGUUAUAAAUGUGGGAAUACAGGCCAUAUCAUGAGAGAUUGUAGAUUACAAAAAAGAUAUAGUGAUAACAAAAAAAACUCAUACAGGCCAGAACACAAAAAACCAGAACACAAUAAUCAGAAACAAGCGAGAAGGGAGUUCCCUGAUUCAAACCCAUAUGGUCCAUUAAUUAAAGAACUUGAGAAAAUGAAAACAAAAAUUGCAACACAACCUGAGGAGUAUGAAAUUCCUCUUCCAACCAACCCUUAUAGAAAACAAUAG